AUUGUUAGAUUGCCACAUAAUUGAUCCAAAAUUUGUAUAUCAUGUCAACGCCGCAUCGCUUAAACCCUAAAACCGAACCUAAAUAGGCCUAAGCCCAAUAAUAUCUAUUUAUGUUUUCUUGCAGAGCAGCUUCCUCCUUCCAUUAUAUAACCCCACCGUUUCACUCCGUGUUUCUUUUCUGCAGGCUAAGCAAUUUUGAGACUCUUCCAUUUAGCAAUGGCUUCUUCUCUAGCUCUUAAGAGGCUCGUCUCAUCCAACAUCCUCCCUAACUCCUUACGCGUCGCCAUCGCUCCAUCCACCUCCAGACUCUUUAAUACCAACGCCGCCACGCCUGAUGACCACGAUGAUCGCCGUCGUGCUGACGGUUUCUUCUCAGAUCUGCAGGGGCGGCGCCAGGGGGCCAAAAAAGAUGUGUUUGAUCCUUUGUCUCCAACAAGGAGCCUGAACAUGAUGGAUCAAGUCAAGGGGAAUCGAUUUCUCUCCACAUCCCGUGACAUUCCAGGGCUUGGGAGCGAGGCCAAAGAAUCAAACCUUCGCCCGUUAUCUCCUCAUCUUCCUAUUUAUAAGCCACAACUUUCUGCGACUCUUUCAAUUACCAAUAGGAUCUCCGGGGUUUUCCUAACUACUGCACUUUUGUUCUCUUAUCUUCUUUCUCUGAAAAUGGGUUCAAUUUGCUUCACCUAUUCGAAUUUCUACCAAUUCUUCUUUUAUUCAGCAAAACUUGCCCCACUUACCGUAUCAAUUGCUGCAUUGGCCGUUUCCUAUCAUCUGUGUUAUGGGGUUCGUCAUUUAUUGGCGGAUUUUUCGGGAAAGCUGAGGUGAAGAACGGUGAGGAGGAAAGGAUGUGAUUCAGCUUCAAAUCGACUGAUUUGCUGGCUUGGUAAGUUUUUAUUUUGUCUGGGCCUUUCUGGGUUUAGGUAAGCACUUUGUUUGGCAAAAUAAAGAAUGUGUUAAUGGUUUUUUUUUUUUUGGAAUAAAUGGAACCUUGGUGUUGAGUAAAAAGAAAACCUUGUUAAUGCCAAAAGCAUCUUUGAACUUGUCAACAUAGUGAUCUGUGUUGAAUUAGUGGUUUGAUUCGAUGGAUUCUGCUAAAUCUUUGAUUGGGAGAGCUGUAACCAUUAACCGUUCCCCUUUGAAUAGUAUGAGCUUUGAUUCGGAGUUUAAA